GAAAGCGUCCGCGUGUUUUUACCUGACAGGUGGUGUUUUAAACGCAGUGAGCGUGGCAGUGGGCUUUGCUGUGAGUGUGAGCUCACUGCUGGACACAGGUUCAUGCUGACUGGGACAAACUGGACCGUGACCCCCACUCCUCCCCCCCCAGGGCGUGGUGACGUGAACGCGCCUGACAGGAGGAGAAAAUGAAGCAGGACGCGCGCUCCCGCUCCGCAGACUCACAGCAGGAUCCAGCAGAGCUUCAGCGGACACACGCAGAGGAACCAUGAGGGAGAUCGUUCACAUCCAAGCGGGACAGUGCGGGAACCAGAUCGGGACCAAGUUCUGGGAAGUGAUCAGUGACGAGCACGGCAUCGACCCCGCCGGGAACUAUGUGGGUGACUCGAGUCUGCAGCUGGACAGAGUCAACGUCUACUACAACGAGGCCUCCUCGCAUAAAUACGUCCCCCGGGCCGUGCUGGUCGACCUGGAACCGGGAACCAUGGACAGCGUGCGCUCGGGAGCCUUCGGACAACUCUUCAGACCAGAUAACUUCAUCUUUGGUCAGACAGGUGCAGGGAACAACUGGGCCAAAGGUCACUACACGGAAGGGGCGGAGCUUGUGGACUCUGUCCUGGACAUAGUGAGGAAGGAGUGCGAGCACUGCGACUGUCUCCAGGGCUUCCAGCUGACUCACUCUCUGGGAGGGGGCACUGGCUCGGGGAUGGGCACCCUGCUGAUCAGCAAGAUCCGGGAGGAGUACCCCGACCGGAUCAUGAACACCUUCAGCGUCAUGCCCUCACCGAAGGUGUCGGACACAGUGGUGGAGCCUUACAACGCCACCCUGUCGGUCCACCAGCUGGUAGAAAACACAGAUGAGACCUACUGCAUCGACAACGAGGCCCUUUACGACAUCUGCUUCCGCACUCUGAAACUCACCACCCCCACCUACGGCGACCUCAACCACCUGGUGUCAGCCACCAUGAGCGGCGUGACGACCUCGCUCCGUUUCCCCGGACAGCUCAACGCAGAUCUCCGCAAGCUGGCCGUGAACAUGGUUCCUUUCCCCAGGCUGCACUUCUUCAUGCCGGGGUUUGCUCCUCUGACAGCGCGGGGCAGCCAGCAGUAUCGAGCGCUCACUGUUCCCGAGCUCACCCAGCAGAUGUUUGACGCCAGGAACAUGAUGGCGGCUUGCGACCCUCGCCACGGACGCUAUCUGACCGUGGCCACCGUCUUCCGGGGGCCCAUGUCCAUGAAGGAGGUGGACGAGCAGAUGCUGAAUAUCCAGAACAAGAACAGCAGCUACUUCGUGGAGUGGAUCCCCAACAACGUGAAGGUGGCCGUCUGCGACAUCGCUCCCCGAGGGCUCAAGAUGGCCGCCACCUUCAUCGGCAACAGCACCGCCAUCCAGGAGCUGUUCAAGCGGAUCUCUGAGCAGUUCUCGGCCAUGUUCCGCCGAAAGGCGUUUCUGCACUGGUUCACCGGCGAGGGCAUGGAUGAGAUGGAGUUCACGGAGGCGGAGAGCAACAUGAACGACCUGGUGUCCGAGUACCAGCAGUACCAGGAAGCCACCGCCAACGACGGCGAGGAGAACUUUGAGGACGAGGAGGAUGAGAUCAACGAGUAAGAGUAUGGAGGACCACAAGAGCCACACGUAUCGAAAUAAAGAAAUCUGUGCUUAAAUAAUGAAUU